AUGAGCGAGGCCUUGAUGCUUCCGCUCACAGGCGCAGGCCUGGUCGUUGUCGCAUUAUCUGCUUCGCCCGCUAUCCUCGCUAUUCUCACACAAUUUCGUAAUCGAACUCCUAAAGACAACUUCUAUGAGGACGGCGAUGGUAAGGCCACGCCCGAGAGUAUCGCUGAGUUCUCGAACCGCAAGACCAAGAUUGCAAUUCUUCUCUUGUCGGCCGUUGGCGCUGGGACGUCCAUCGCGAUUUCUGUCCUCUCGACUCUCCAACAAGCUAAAUAUGGAUUAUUCUGGGAAAAUUGGCUGAUCACAGCUGCGUGGUUUCUCAUUUUAAUUCAUGCCAUCUCUCUGGGCGCUCACCAUUCUUCAGUGAGGUCGCACGACCUGGGAUUGUGGCUCCUUGCCUCGACCCUCAUUGUUGCAUCUCUCACUAUCCCUCAUCUGACUCUCGUCGUGCGACAAGUUGCUAGCCACAAGGACCCUGUUGUCAUCCUCCGCGCUGUCAACGCCAUUGGCGUCAUUGCUCUGAGCGUCGCUAGCAUUCUGAUCCCGCGAAGACCCGAUGUCUUCUUCAAGGGCCGUAAGGUCGACCGUCAAUGGACUGUUUCUGCGCUCAACAGAUACACUUGGACCUGGGUGGAACCGCUCCUCCACCAUGCUUCCACGAAGAACGACCUCGAUGCUGUUGAUAUGCCCGUACCCGACCUCAAACUCCGCGCUGAAGAUUUGAAGAACGAUUGGGAUGCUUUCAAAUUUGAGGGUAGCUUGUUGCGCUCCUUGAUCUGGGCAUACAAGGGUGGUGUGGCCUUCCAGUGGUCGGUGACCAUCUUCCGAAAUUUCUUGGGUAUCUUGCCAUUUUGGAUCAUGCUGCGCAUCAUUAGAAUUCUCGAGGAACGAGGCAAGGGCCAUACAGCUACUCUGGAACUUUGGGCCCUCAUCAUCUGGAUGGCGAUCUUCAAUUUGCUUGACGCGUGGAUGGAAGGAUGGGUUUUCUGGUACUCCUUUGCGGACAUGGCCCUGCCCAUCCGAGCUCAAAUGUCGACUCUCGUGUUCGAGAAAUCGCUGCGCCGCAAGAAUGUCAAGGCUGUCGAGAAAUCCAAGGAGACGGCCGAUUCGCAGGACGAUGCAAACAAGGACGACUCGAAAGAAGAUGACGACGCACCAUCCGAGGACUCGAGUGUCCUCAAGUCCCGCCAAGCUAUUGUCAACUUGGUCGGCGUUGACGCUCAGCGCAUCUCAAAUUUCUCUGCGUAUCAAUUCAUGAUCAUAAACAGCUUCGCCAAGCUCACCAUCUGCUCUACCUUCCUUGUGCAGCUGAUCGGAUGGAUUCCAUUCACCGUAGGCAUCCUGGCCUGGGCCCUCACCCUCCCCGCCAACACCUACCUCUCCAAGAUGCUUAUGGCCAAGUCCGAGAAUCUGAUGAAGCUCCGCGACGAGAAACUGGCUGUCGUCAAUGAAGCUCUCCUGGGAAUGCGGCAGAUCAAAUUUUCUGCCUUGGAGGCGAAAUGGGAGACUCGCAUUCGCACGAUGAGGGAGCGAGAGCUGAGAACGCUAUGGAAGCUUUUCCUUGCAGACACUGGUCUCUUUGCCUGCUGGGUUGUGAGCCCGAUUCUGCUUGCUGCCACGUCACUUGCUGUGUACGCCAUCAUCAAUGGUCGGCUGUUGCCCUCGGUGGCUUUCGUCAGCAUUGGAAUAUUCAAAGCACUUGAAUUGACACUGGGAGCUCUUCCCGAGCUUAUUACCAUCGGAGUUGAUACCCUUGUCUCCAUCAAGCGAAUCGAAGAGUACCUCAAUGGGCCCGAGAUGGAAAAUACCCUUUCCGAGGGUUCUGAGGUCGGGUUUGACGACGCUACUAUCUCGUGGCCUGUUGACGAGAAGACUACAGAUGAGGACAGAUUCAUCCUACGAAACCUCAACUUCUCCUUUCCUGCCGGCGAACUUUCGGUCAUCUCAGGUAAGACGGGAACUGGAAAGAGUCUUGUACUUUCUGCAAUUCUUGGAGAGACGGACUUGUUGGAGGGUUCCAUCCGCGUCCCCUCGACGCUUUCCCCCGCCGAGCGCAACGACAGCGAGGCACACCCUGGCAACUGGAUCAUCCCAGGCUCGGUGGCCUAUGUUGGCCAGACUCCAUGGCUAGAGAGCGCCUCAUUCCGAGACAAUAUUCUGUUUGGCCUUCCUUUUGUCGAGGAGCGUUACAACAAGGUUAUCGAGGUUUGUGCACUGAAGAAGGACCUUGGAAUUCUGACAGACGGUGAUAAAACCGAGCUUGGCGCCAACGGUAUCAAUCUGAGUGGUGGACAGAAAUGGCGUGUGACUCUAGCCCGAGCUGUUUACUCUCGAGCAGAGAUUCUGGUCAUGGAUGACGUUUUCAGUGCUGUCGAUGCUCAUGUUGGUCGCCACAUCUUUGAGAAGUGUGUCGCUGGUGAUAUUUGCAAGGGCAGGACCCGAAUCCUCGUCACCCAUCAUGUGGCUUUGGUUCAGUCCAAGGCCAAGUUCAUCGUUGAGCUUGGUGAGGGCACCGUUAUGCACGCAGGGCUGGUAUCUGACCUCACGCGAGAUGGAAUUAUGGAAGAGAUUCGACUGCACGAGCAGACGGAACUGGAAAUCAUGGACGACGAGACGGCGGAAGCUUCCACUGUUGUCAACUCGGAGGCCCCCUCAAUCACCGAUCCCGUCGAUAACGAAGAGAACAACGAGCUACAAAAGACACCUUCCAAGGACGCCAAGCAAUUCAUCCAGGAAGAGACUCGCGAGAAGGGUGUGGUGAAAAGGCACGUCUACCUGACCUACUUGAAAGAUAGCGGUGGUGUGCGUCUCUGGGCCAUCUCCGCCAUCAUUUUCUUUAGUUUCGAGGCAGGUAUUCUUGGUCGAGCGUGGUGGUUGCGAAUUUGGACCGGACAGUCUGAUGAUGACCUCUCCAAAACCAGCCUUCAAGACGAACAUGGUUAUGCCUCUGCCUUCACUAUCCAGCAACAGCCAUUCCACUCAACCCCCGGUCUACACGCCACCGAGGCUCAGCACGAUCUAUCCUACUAUCUCUGGAUUUAUAUUGCAAUCUCUAUCGCUACGGCCGUUGUUGGAACACUGCGCUUCUUCUGGGGCUUCGUCCUGGCUGUCAAGGCCAGCAGGGCACUCUUCAACAAGAUGCUCUUUACUGUUCUUCACGCUCCCCUGCGAUGGCUUGACACAGUCCCCGUCGGAAGAAUUCUGAACCGGUUCACCUCCGAUUUCAAUAUCAUUGACAACCGCAUCUCCCUAGACAUGACCAUGUUCUUCGCCAACCUGCUCGCAUUAGUUGGUGUUUGCGUCGCUGCUUUCUUCGCGUCCCGCUACGUCGUCCCCUUAGCGGUUCUCCUCCUGGGCGUUGGAAUAAUGAUCGCAAGGAAAUAUCUCCACGGCGCCCGACCCCUGAAGCGACUUGAGAGCACCUCCAAGUCUCCCGUCUUUGAGCUUUUCAACGCAGCCCUCGCGGGCGUGUCCACGAUUCGCGGCUUCCACAAGACCCGAGUCUAUGUCGAACGCAUGUACAGUAACCUCGACAGCUGGGACAUGAUCACAUCGUACAUGUGGCUCGUAAACCGGUGGAUGGGCUUCCGUAUGGCCAUCGUCGGUACAGUGUUCUCCACCAUCGUCGGAAUCAUCGUCAUUCUCAGCCCCAAUAUGGAUGCCGCCCUGGCCGGCUUCACCUUGUCCUUUGCGCUCGACUUUGCCGAGAGCAUUCUGUGGACGAUUCGCAACUACGCCGCCAUGGAACUCAACAUGAACUCGACGGAACGUGUCGUGGAAUACACGGAGCUGGAGACGGAGUCGCUCGACGGCGAGAAGCCAGCGGCCGCUUGGCCCAGCUCAGGUACCAUGGAAGUCAAAGACCUUGAAGUAGCGUAUGCUCCUGAUCUGCCGCCUGUGCUAAAGGGCAUCUCCUUCACGGUCAACAACAAUGAGCGCGUGGGUGUCGUAGGCCGUACUGGUGCUGGAAAGUCUUCACUGACCCUCGCGCUGUUCCGUUUCCUGGAGGCGCGUUCAGGCAGCGUUGUCAUUGACGGUCUGGAUAUCUCCAAGGUCCAUCUCCACAGCUUGAGAUCGCGUCUGGCAAUUAUCCCCCAGGAUCCCGUGCUGUUCUCCGGAACUGUGCGGUCCAACCUGGACCCCUUCGAUGACAACACCGACGAGGAACUCCGCGACUCCCUUGCUCGCGUCCACCUGGUCGACUCGCAGCCUGCAACACCAGUCAACGAGCCCGCGACGGCACCCGCGUCAACCGCAACAUCGACGCUCGCGCCUAAGAACACCAACGUCUUCCGAGAUCUGUCAAGUCCCAUCUCUGAGUCCGGAGGUAACCUCUCGCAGGGCCAGCGCCAGCUUCUGUGCCUCGCGCGUGCCAUCGUCGCGCGCCCCAAGAUCAUGGUCCUCGACGAGGCCACAUCUGCCGUCGACAUGGCCACCGACGCUCUUAUCCAACGCAGCAUCCGCGAGGAGUUUACUGACAGCACCCUCGUCGUCAUCGCUCAUCGCCUCAGCACCAUUGCCGACUUCGACCGCAUCCUCGUCCUCAGCGAUGGCCGCGUCGCCGAGUUUGGCUCCCCGCGCGAGCUCUGGGAUAAGGAGGGCGGCGUCUUCCGCGACAUGUGCGAGAGUAGUGGUGAGAAGGAGAAGUUGAAGAAGACAAUUUUCGGGGAGGAGCGCAAUGAGUAA